AUGGACAACUUCAAUGAUCUUUUAAACCAUUUCCGAAAUGAGGAUCUCUUCAAUUACCUCGUGGAAAUGGAUACCAAGCUUAGGGAAUCAGACCAUGUAGAAGAACUGGAGUAUCACAUAUACCUUGGACAACUCAUUCAAUUGAUUGAAAAGCAACGACAAUUGCAACUGAAUGUUGUUGCGCAAACACCACCACCACCACCACCAUUACCACCACAGCAUGCGGAGCAACAGCAAGCGCAACAACCUCGGAAUAAAGGAUCAGACAAUGUUGAUGCAGGAAAAAAUUAUCAUGCUUCACCAAAUGUUUACAAGAUGCUUUCGAGAAAUUUAAUCUUCAUACUACAUAAGCUUCCCAGCAAGGUUUUUGAUUUGGCCAAUGACUUACUCAAUUAUGUUCAAUUGGACGUAACGGGGAAGUUGAACAGUAUUUGCAAAGUGGCCGUGAUUUUAUUGAUUGAUAUCUUUGAUAACUUUCCUUCAAACUUGGGCUCAUUACUUUCAUUUAGCGUGUCUCAAAUUUACAAGAUCAUCAAGAAGGACCCCAAUGUAGACGCAAAUUUAGUUUACUUGUUAUAUGUGAUUACAAAGCACGCCGGAAAGCAAGAUGUUGACCUGAAAAUGAGUGCAAAGUUGAUGAAAAUUGCUACAAAAGCAGUCACUCAAAAUGCAAUCUCCUUUGAGUAUGAAGACAUAAAAGCAACUUCAACAAUCAUGCUCAAGAGAAAUUACAUACUACUUUACAAGAACUUGCUAUUGCUCAGUAUUUCUAGCCAUUACGAGUCACUCUUGGCGGCUUCAACAAAGUCAGGCUCUGCAAGCGCCAAACUCAAACCCCAGCACAUUAUGCUGCAACAACACAGUUACCAACAAUCUCUUUUAUCCUCAAAUGAAAGUUUUGUUGAGUAUGGGUUUAGCAGCAAGUUUCGCGAGAUCCGUUUAGCAAUGAUUGAUUUAUUAGCUAGCUUUUUGAUUCACUCAGUCCCCUCAACCGAGUUUUCGCCAAUUCAAUAUCUUAUCAACAAGUAUCCUUUACCAGAUUUCAAUUUCAAAAACGCUAGUUUGAUGAAUUCUGUUACACUCGUAGGGGAAUUAUUGCCCGAAGAACCAAAUACCGUUUUGGACUUUGAUAGUGAAUCUGUUUUGAAAAGAAAUCUUGAAGAAAACUUGAAGCAGUCAAGCAUUUGUAUUUGUAUUGUUUUCUACAUGCAGAUGGAGCAAUUUCAAAAUUCAGAUUAUAUACUGUCUCAUUUUAUUGAAAUAAUAGAGCAGAUUUUGUUGAAGUUUAGCCCAUUGGCACCUCCAGCAGAUGGUAAAGUAGUACAUGUGCAAAAUACCAAUUGGGUCAAGACUUUGCGCAACUGGACCAAUAUUAUAGAUUUUAUGGUGAAAGAAGCAGGAUCCUCUCUGCUUGAUGCAAUCUUUAAAUUUGUUUUACUGAAAUUGAGUGGGGGAGCCGAGGACGAAGACGCAAAAGAUUUGAAAUUGACUUCUGGAGCAGCUUCAGUGGCUUCAAAAAAGUCGAAAAGAGAUUCUGGAAUAUUUGGGAUUAAGAGCAGCAAACAAAGCAGAGGAAAAGACCACUUUUUGAAUUCAAUCAAUGUAUUUACCAAUUCUUACCAAGCAUACAUUAUUUUGCACUUGAUGCGCCCUUUGAUAGCUAGUGGUGUUUCUUUUGAAACAUCCGAAGUUACCAAGGUGAAGAAAAAAGAGAGUGGAACGACGGGGGAAACUGCAGAAGCUGCAGAAACUACAGAAGCUACAGAAGCUACAGAGAGCCGCGAAUUUAAUUUUGAUGAGGCCGAUGCCCCAACUACUACAAAUCUUGAACUGAUAUUAUUGAAACUCGUCAUCAACGAUAACUACUACACGAGAAUAUACGCCGUGGAAGCAUUAUUACAGUAUGUAAAGUCAAACCAAGCUUCAGUAAAUCAAAUCAUAUUAAAUGUUUUCCGUUUGGUGGAGCGAGAACAAAGCUUAGCAAAGAAAGGUUCUGCUACAGCUGCAGCUACUACUACUACUACUACUACUACUACUACUACUGCUGCUGUUGCUGAUUUAUAUCAAACAACUGCAAAAGACGAGCACAAUUCUUGCAGAAAUCCAGCUACGAGGCUCAUAAGCUAUUCAUUAGCAUUGCUGGCCAUUAUUAAGCAAACGGACCCCACUAUAUUACAAAAUGCAUUAAUUGUUAAGAUAUUGAGUUUUUGUACUCAGACAUUGAAACACAGUCACAAUACAAGCCAGAGCAGUAGCUGUUGGAUUAUUUUGUCCUCCAUGGUUUUGCUCUACAAGCAUUCAGAAUAUGUCAGAUUAAAUUCGUCUCAACUUCUUGUCUUUUGGAAGAAUUUGCUUACUUCUCAAUACAUCAGUUCUUCCAAUGUGCACAAGUCUGGCCCAGGAAGUGAAGUAGCUGAAGUAUACGCAAAUUUAAAAGUUCGUACGUUUUCAUUAGCAUGCUUCAACAAUUAUUUAGUUGCAGUUGCCAGUGAGAUGACGCCAGAAUCUUCAAAGCAAAUGUCAUUUUUACUUACAAAAUCAUACAACUAUUUGUCCCAUUUGGAAAGCAGUUUAGAGACUGUUAAUGCGGCAACUACAUUGAAUUAUGAGUAUUGGAAUGAGUCCUCGUUCAAUGCCGACUUGGUUCAUAAUAUUCUUUACUCAAACUUGUCGUAUGAUUCCCGAUUAUCAGACGAAAGCCUUGCCAUCAGUUUGGUACUUACUUGCAAAAAAGUCAUUAUUCAAAAUUUUAUCAAGUUAUCAGGCCAGUUUCAACACGAGCUCAAUUCAAACAUUGUGAUUUUUUUGGUGAAAUUAUUCAGUGACCAUCGCUUGUUUUCUCGUAGCACAGUUGUUGAUCAUGAGAAGAUGGCGAAAAAGAAAUCUAAAUCAGCGGCCGCGACUGCCGCUUUGGCAGCUGCAGCGGCAGCAAGUAGAAACGAGAUAGAAGAUGAACUUGUUUACUUAAACGAGGACCGAAAUUAUGCUUAUGGAGUGACCAGUUUGUUGUCCAGCGAAACAAAGUAUUUUGAUGACUCGGAGAUGUUUUCGUAUUCAAAUAUGUCUUUUCUGAAGGAGCCAGCGAGAGAGAUUAAUAGUUUACAUUUUGCUUCUUCUUUGUCCACUGUCUCGGAUAAGCAAUCUUUGUUUUGGUUCGAUGUCUUUGAUGAAACUGCAUUUAAAUCUAGAGAAGAUGCUAUUGUGAAUGAUCCUGAGGUGUAUUUAAUAGGCAAGUACUCGGCAGAACACGAUUACGCGCCACCAUUGAUGACAUCGCUUGUGGAUCUUUCAAUUCGCUUGUUCCAGAUUCUGUUUUCAUCAUUGAGUCAAAAGAUUCAAUUUUCUUUAUUGGAACAAAUUCGUCACUCAGUAACAGCAAAACCAAUUGACUUUUUGAGGCUAAAAAGUUUGCAAAUAAAUGUCACUGUAGCGUUAAACGGAAUGCUUCGCAAUGCAUUAAGAAGUUCUGCCAAGGUGCACAAUGACGUUUUAAUGUUGACGACGGAUUUGAUAAAGACUAUGAAUGUGAAGGAGGAGAGGUUGAUGGUUUUGAAUGCUUCAUCCAUAGGGUACUGCUCUGCAUUAUUGCUGAAAGAUCUUUCUUAUGGCUUGGUCACCACUUUUGUCAAUGAUAUUGUAACAAAUAAUGACUCUUUCAAAAGAGCAUUUCUGAUGCUUGCUUUGGGAAGAAUAUAUUUGCACACCAAACUUGGUUUUGGAGAAAUCUUUAAUGUGCUACUCCAAUUGCUUAAUGAUCCAAACCCCCAAGUACAUUAUUACACGCUACAAGCGUUGAUUAGUGUUUUUGAGUCAGUAAUUUCCAAUACAUCUGUUAUCACCGAUCUUUCACGCAAAUUGGAAAUCAUAUACUUGAAUAUUCCAUUUGAUGGUGAUGUUGGUAACACCGCAUUAGAUAAUUUAAAAAUUCGAUACGGAUCCAUGGGUGAGUUGACUGCAUUGCUCAAGCUCUUUGUAAGUUCAUUGGGUCCUUCAAUCAUUGAAUGGGGUACUCGUCUGAGGAGAGGGUUGCGCAACAUAUUGAUCAGCUUGGCGUAUGGAAUUGGAGCUGUAUCGACAAAUGACGAGGCAAAAGUGUUGCAUGAACUCAUGAGUCUUUUCCAAGAGUUGGUCAUAUACGACCCUAAAUUUUUCCAAAAUGAAGUUGAGUUAUUUACUCAAAUUUUGAACACAAUAAUUUCAAAUAAUUUAAUGGCGGUCAUUGCAAAUGUGUCACCUACUUCAGUCAACGAGGAUGCUAUAUUUCCGUAUUCCGCCAAUUUGGGCUUGAUAGUCAAGGCUUAUGCAUGCUACUACGAACUAUUAAAAAUUUACGGAGCAAAGAUCAUUACAAAAGAAACAGAGCUGCUUCUUUGGACAUCGAUGACUCUUCUUCCAUGUCAUGACCUUAAGCGAGUAAUUAAAUUGUGGCUCGAAUUGAGUUUGGAAAAGAACUGGUUUGCGAUUUUAAGCUCAUUGUUCAAAUCAAGCUCAAGGAAUUUGAGCCGCAACUUCCUUGAGCGAAAAUACCAACAAAAGUUGUUACCUUUACAACAAAGACGGAAAAAGGAAAACGCAAAUAAUGGUAUUGAUUUAAAAGACGAGGAGAACGAAACAAUAGCAGGCGACGAGCAAGAAAACAAUGAGAAAAAUGAGCCCAUUUCUUGGGAGUUCAAGUUGUUCAUAUUCGAAUUGUUGAAUCAUUUGCUUCUGUUUGCUUAUUCCAACUACACUUUAGUAGAAAAACUCAAAAGCAGAAUCCCCGAUAUUGUCAAAUUAUCUUUUCUUGGCUCUACAUCGUCGUUGAUGGAGCUCAAGCUCAAAGGUCUUGACUUGCUCAACCUGGCCUUGGAAAUUUUUGGAGAUUUCAGAGACCCUGCUUACCCUGCAGCCUCGAUCCUUGAGCAGCAACAGGCGCAAAUUAUUAGUGCGUUGGUACCAUGUUUUGGACCCGGCAAUGACUACGUAGUCAUUGUCCAUGCAAUUCGUGUUUCGUCGAAUUUUGUCAAUUUGCCGCGAAUCAACUUUUACUCCAAGAAGAGAAUAUUAAAAAUUUUAAUUGAGCUUCUAGAAGAACUUUCAUCAAAUACGUUUGUGAGAUUUGUCUUUUUGGAAAAGAUGUCUGAGUUCGGUAAAAGGGUAAUUCAAUUAGAGUGUUUGAAUAGUUGGGCGUUACUAAAAAUCAGUUCUUUAGAUCAAAAUAGCGAUAAACUGGAUGCUGUUUUUGUCGUCGAUGCUGAAAAUGAGAAGGAAAAGGAGGAACAACAACAAGAGAAGGAGAAUGCAGCACUAGAAGAAGAAGAAGAAGAAGAAGGAAAAGAAGCGGAAGGGGAGGAAGGAGAGGAAGGAGAGGAAGGAACUGAAGAAGCGCAAGGAAAGGAAGAAAAACAACUAGUACAAAUCCUUGACAAAUACAGUACAUUGUUAACUUCCUCUUGGAUUUUGAUGCUUCGGGAGAUUUCAGUCAACAAAUUCUCUGAAUCUGCAACAAAUUUCGAAGUUGAGUCACAAAACAAUUGUUGGCUCAACUUUGUCAAAGUUUUAAGUUUAGAACUGGAGAAAGAUUACGACCGUAUCAAUGAUUUACUUGAAGGAGAUGCCCAAAGCUUCUUUUUUGUGUUGUUUAGUCAAUGUGUCGAGUAUCUUGUUAGGAAUCAGAAUGUGGUGCAAAUAUUAAAAUGUUUAGAACGAUUACUCAAGUGUGCGAACUUGGUGGAUCUAGUAUUCAACGAGCAAAUUUUUGGAGAAGUCAUUAUACUUUUUGACCGAAUGAUCUUGAUUGAUGACGAUACUGAAAUACAGUGUCUAUUGCUCAAAAUUUUUGAGACAAUGUUUGACACUUUUGUUCUGUCGCAAGAAGAUAAUUUGGGUAAAGGGUUUGACAUGCUUUUCGAGAUCAUUAGGGUCACUGUGCUACCAUUAUUUAGAAUCUUGCCGUUUCUCAAAUCAAAUUUUGAUUCCAGUGAUGGUCAUUAUGCUGUAUUGAUGAAACAUGUCGAAGAUGCAUCGAACUUGUUGGUGAUUAAGCAAGCAUUAGACUCAUUGACGCAUAUGAUCCAGCUGAUGCCCAAUGUUGUUAAAUCUGAUCUAUAUUCUUGCUUGCUCUACAUCUUUGCCAAGAUAUAUGAAAGCAAGAAGGAGAUAAUCAUUUCCAUCGUUAUUCCUCAUUUGAAAAGAGUGAUUUUGGAGCUCAAGUCCCUUGGAAACGAUGCUACGCAAACAUUUUAUUCCGUGAUUAGUGGGUUUCUUGAAAUCAAUUCCGCGCAUCCCUACACGGUGAUCACUACUGUGAUCUUCAUCACCAAUGGCGAUUUGCAUUUGGAUGAGACCCAGUCGUCUCUACUCGACUCAGCGCUAAUCCAGCUUUUGCAAGACCCCAAGACGUCUCAAAUAGCCGUUCAAUGUAUAAAAUCAUUGAUCACAAAUCUGGGUUCAUCUUCGCUCGACGUGUACGUUGUGAGAAAUCUAAUCACAAAAUUUAUCAAGAUUCUUAGUGGAGUUGAGCAGAGCAAAAUUCAGAUUGAAUUAAGAUUAGUAGCAGAGUUCUUGAUUAUGUUUUGUAAAAGCACAGUUGAUGACGAUGCCAAACAAAGGGCAUUAUACACAAUUCUUUUGCCUGUCUUGGUGAGGAAUGAUUUGAAUUUGGAAACAAUGUAUAUCCACAAUAAGUUGAUUAUUUUAGGCAAGCAGAACCCCAAGCUAUUCCGAGAAGUAUUAAGUCGCAAACUCACUACUGAUCAACAAUCGCGAGUAGAGAGUAUUUUGAAAUCCAGCAAGAGUUACAACGACGAAAAUGGCGAGGCACAAGCUGGGAUUGAAUUGAGAACAUUUGGUUAA